AUGGGGAGAGGACGAGUCGAGCGGCAACUCUGUAAAUUCCUUUUCUCCUCGAGGCCCUCUUCAAAUGUUCAAGAGCGAUGUCUGUCCAGUCUGUGGUUGCAAAAUUCUGAUAAGAAGAACAUCCAUUUUUCCGCGUUGAGACAACACAAUCCUUCUCAUUUUAACGGUAUGGAAUCCAAUUCCAUCCCGGAACCGACGACGACUUCAGACGUGGUCGACGCGUAUUUUUCGCACCUUUCCGUCGUCGAUCAAGUGCAGAACGACGCGAAAGUUAAAUUCGAUUGCCUUGUGGACUUGAAUUUGAAACCGUACGGCGGGGCGUUCGACAGGACGUCGUUCUUUCGAGGGGAAAUUACCACAAUUAAGUGUUUCGAAAACAACCCGCUCGUGAGAGAAACCUUGACGAAGGAAAGCGGUGUAAAUCGAGUGCUCGUCAUCGACGGCGGCGGGUCGCGGAGAUGCGCGUUACUAGGCGGCGAGAUUGCGAAGAUUGCAGAGGGGAAUCAGUGGGAAGGGAUCGUAGUGAACGGUUGCAUUCGAGAUACGAACGAGAUGCGAUGGUGCGGCUUGAAAAUCCCGAUUUUAGCCGUCGGGACUUCGCCGGUGCCGUCGAGUAAGAGAGAUCCGGGGGUGAAGGAUCCAAAGUUUGGCGUGACCUUUGGUGGGGUCAAUUUUAAAAGCGGGAGUUGGGUGUACGCGGAUUGCGACGGCGUUUUAGUGACCAGAGAGAAAGGGCCUUUGGUUUGA